AUGGAAGCCAUCAGAAAAUAUGUUUUCUUGGCACUUUUCUUUGCUUGGACUUUUGCUGAAAAUAAGGUGAUAAAAAUCCAAGGAGAUAGUAAAUGUGGCAGCAGACAAGUAAAGAGUUAUGGAGCACUGCCAAUUUCAGCCAAUGCAAAUGAGAAUUGUAUCUGGCAAAUAGAAAGAGAAAUGAAUGCAACUGACAGUAAAGCAAAUGAAACCGUCCGACUUAUCUUCUCGUACUUCAAAUUUGAUCCUUCAUCCUCAUGUGAAAGAGAAAAUAUUGAAGUAUAUGAUGGUCCUUCAACAACUGCACCUCUCCUGGGACGAGUAUGCAAUAGGCAUGAAUCUGUUCCCGUAUUUCAUUCAACUUCUAGAACCCUAACAUUUCGCCUAUCAACUGACUCCACAGAUUUUGAAAGAAACAUAUUUGCAUUUUAUUACUUCAUUUCACCAGAGUCAUCUGCCAUUAAAGACUGUGGAGGUUACCUUACUGGUUUGGAUGGCUCAUUCACCAGCCCCAACUACCCAAAGCCACAUCCUGAGUUUGCUUAUUGCAUCUGGCAUAUAGAAACAGAACCAAAUUCCAGGAUAAAUUUAACCUUCAGUGAAGUUUUUUUAGAAAUAGAUGCUGAAUGCAGGUUUGAUUUUCUUGCUAUCUAUGACGGUGCAACGACAGACUCAGGUUUAAUCCAGCAAGUGUGUGGUCGUGUGGCUCCAACAUUCCAGUCCUCUUCCAAUGUCAUGACUGUCAUGCUGUCAACGGACUAUGCCAAUUCAUAUAGGGGCUUUUCUGCUCAUUAUACAAGUAUACCAAUACCAGAACCCAACACAUCCCUCACUUGUUCUUCAAACACAAUGACAGUGAUUCUCAGCAAACCUUAUUUGGAUUCACUUGGCUACAGUGCAGAUGAUUUGGCUCUGAAUGAUCCAGCUUGCAGACCUAUUGCAUUAAAUCCAGUGACAUUUUCUUUUUCACUCAACCACUGCGGAACACUAAAAAUGAAUGAAGACCACAGCAUCUCUUACAGCAACACUAUUACUGCCUCCCCGAAUGGUGUUGUGAUUACCCGUCAAAAACAUGUUGAAAUUACUGUGAAGUGUAUAAUGGAAAAUAACUCCACAGUAGAAAUUUUGUAUGUAACAGAAAGUGAACAUGAUGUUAACACAAGUGCCCUCGGCAGAUAUGACCUCAACAUGUCCUUCUAUGAAUCUGAUUUUUUUACCACACCAGUACUUGACUCUCCAUACUAUGUAGAUUUGAAUCAAACUCUUUAUGUGCAAGUCAGCCUACAUUCCUCUGAUCCCAAUCUGAUUGUAUUUGUGGAUACUUGCACAGCAUCACCAAGUCCUGACUAUGAAUCACCAAAAUACGAUUUAGUCAGAAGUGGCUGUACUAAAGACAGCACCUAUGCAGCCUACCCACUCCUUGAACAUUAUGGGAGGUUCAGAUUCAAUUCCUUCAAAUUCCUGCGGAGUUAUCCAUCUGUUUACCUGCAUUGUGAGGUUUUAAUUUGUGACAGCAACAAUCCUAAUUCUCGUUGCACUAAAGGCUGCAUCUCUCGGCAUAAGAGAGAUAUUUCUUCCUACAAAUGGAAAGGAGAAGCGAUGGUGGGACCUCUCCGCCUGAAACGAGACCGCAGUCCUAUUGGCCGCUCAGAUUCAUCCAUUCUAGUUUAUCCCGAAGGAAACCAGAAGACACAAUCCAAGAGCAUGUACAUCUUUACAGUUGCUGUGUUGGCUAUGAAUGCAGUCCUCCUAGCUGGUUUGGCAGCAAAACACCUCAUCAGUCGAGAACCAGGAUACAGAUAUAGGAAACUUCAGAGUUAUUAA